AUGCCUGUACCAUCCACACCCGCGCCCAAGAAAGGCUCCAAGAAAGCCGUGAACAAGACCACUGGCAAAGGAGGCAAGAAGAAGAGGAAGACCAGGAAGGAGAGCUACGCCAUCUACGUGUACAAGGUGCUGAAGCAGGUCCACCCCGACACCGGCAUCUCGUCCAAGGCCAUGAGCAUCAUGAACUCGUUUGUGAACGACAUCUUCGAGCGCAUCGCCUCGGAGACAUCUCGCCUGGCUCACUACAACAAGCGCUCCACCAUCUCCUCCAGGGAGAUCCAGACCACCGUGCGUCUCCUGCUGCCCGGUGAGCUGGCCAAGCACGCCGUGUCCGAGGGCACCAAGGCCGUCACCAAGUACACCAGCUCCAAGUAAACCGCUCUGCAGCUCCAAGACCCAAAGGCUCUUUUAAGAGCCACCCACUUAUCUGAAGA